CCAAAAAUAAAGUUUGAGGUUAUAAUUUGGAAUAAUUUCAUUCACAGUGAUUAAAUAUAAUUUACGUUUCAUGUUUCUUUAAUAUUACUUAAAUAGUAUUGAAUCAUGGAGAAUAGAUUUGUAAAUGAACGAAAAUGUUUAAGGAAGCAAAAACGAGCGCAACAUAGAUUAGCUAGAGAUAUGAACAUUGAAUGUUCUGAAGAACCAACACAAAAUUUGGUUAUAUGCAACGUCGGAAUUGUAACAGGACUUCAACAGGAAUUUUUGGAAUCAAUUUUAUUAGAAAUAACUGAAAGCUAUGAGAUUAUUAUGCCUCUCAAUAAAUCUUAUUGUUUUAUAAAGUUUGAUCACAAAGAAACAGCUAGUAAAGUUUACAAUUAUAUACAUGGGAAAGUCAUUGGAGAUCAAAAUAUUCCGUUAUAUUUAACCUACUCUAAAUCACUCCCAGAUAUUGAAAAUGAAGAGAUAAUUAAUGAAUUACCUCGAGGAUUGAAAUUAAUUAAAGAUUUUAUUACGAUUGAGGAAGAAAAUUUACUUUUAAAUUCUCUCAAGUGGAAUGAGAAUGACGAAAUUAAUUUAGAACUCAAACAUAGAAAAGUAAUGCAUUUUGGCUAUGAAUUUGAUUACAGUACUAAUAAAGUUGAUCCUAGUAAUCCAAUUAAAUCUAUUCCAAAUGAAUAUAAAUUUUUACAAGAAUUGUUUGAAAAAAACAAAUGUGGAAAUCAUGUAUAUGAUCAGUUAACAAUAAAUAGAUAUCAGCCAGGACAAGGUAUUCCACCACACAUUGAUACUCACAGUGUAUUUGAAGACCCAAUUUUAUCACUUUCAUUAGGCUCUGCAUGUGUUAUGGACUUUAGAAAGGGCCAACAAAAAAUUCAAAUUGUAUUACCUGCUCGCUCACUUCUCAUUAUGUCUCAAGAUGCAAGAUAUGCCUGGUCUCACGGAAUUUGUCCACGAAAAAAAGAUGUUAUUAAAGAAGAAAGUAUAAAAAUUUUACCAAGGGGAACUCGUACUUCUUUUACAUUCAGAAAAAUUAGAACAACUGGUUGUGAUUGUAAGUUCAAAAAAUUUUGUGACUCAAGGCUCACCAGCAAUUCCAUUGAUAAUUCAAGAGCUUCUCAAGUUGAACUAUUAUAUGUUCAUGAUGUUUAUGAAAACAUUUCCAAUCAUUUUGACGAAACAAGACAUAAACCUUGGCCAAAUGUAUCUGAAUUUUUGGAAUCACUUGAACUUGGUAGUAUUGUCCUUGAUGUUGGCUGUGGAAAUGGGAAAUAUUUAUCACAUAAGCCAGGAAUUUUUAAAAUUGGCUGCGAUCGAAGUUCAAACUUGACGAAAAUAUCGCGAAAUAAAUCUUUUGAAGUCCUAAUAUCUGAUUGUCUCCAAUUACCAUUUAAUUCCAAUUCCUUCGAUGCAGCUAUAAGUAUAGCCGUAAUUCAUCAUUUAUCAACUCACGAACGGCGAAAAGAAGCUUUUUUAGAACUCUUACGAGUCUUAAGACCUGGGGGUAGAUGUUUAGUAUAUGUUUGGGCUAAAGAACAGAAAAGAAACGACGAGAGUUCAGUUUACCUUAAAUAUAAUUCCAAUAAAUGUAAAGAAGAUAAUUUCAAUAACUUUCAACAAUUAUUCCAAGGUUUGGAACUUCCAGUUCAUGAGAAUCGCACUAAUUUUCUACACAAUGACGUUCUCGUUCCAUGGAAGAGAAAAACAGGGGGUCAAUUUUUGCGAUAUUAUCAUGUUUUCGAUGAAAAUGAAUUCCAGAACUUAUGUUCAAGUCUUCCGUACUCUAAAGUACAGGAAAUAUAUUAUGAUCAAGGGAACUGGUGUACUAUAUUACAAAAAACAUGAUACUUGAACAAAUAAGUCAUCAAAAGCCAUUUACAUUUCUAUUCGAAAUAAUUAUACUAACUAAAAUAUAUUGUAUAUAAAAAAAAUUUUUUUCUUGUAAAAUAAUUGAAUAAAAAGACCUUGUAGAUCUUUAUGUAAA